GCCAUUGUCAAUAGCUACAUCAGUUGAGCAAGUCCCAUUAUCGUCGAGCGAAACGCAACCGCCUCUUCCCACUCUACCGUCAAUUCAAGAUGCAAAUUCUUCGUCAUAUUCUUCGUCAAAUUCUUCUCCGCAAGGUGCACCGAGCGAUGAUACAACACCGUCUGAUGAAUCUGGUGAUGGUACAAGUUUCAACAGUCCGUUACUCAGAACGGGCACAGUCAUGAAUGACAAACGAGGGUUAAGCCUGAGAUCGUCAGUGAGAAUAAAUAAAGUCCUAACACCGGAUUCAACAGACAAUGACAAAACAUCUGUAUUAGUGGACAAAAAUAGCAGCAGGCGAGGGAAGAUACCGGAUAUUUGGUCUACCGGUGCCACCUACCGAACUACAUCGCCGGUGGAAGAAAAAGAUAACAAAGAUGAGGGGGAGAUUAGAGGUGGUAGUAUACGGUUAUUUGCGAAUUCUAAGUUUGACGACGAAAGUGAUUAA